GAUCCGGAUCAAGGGUGAGCAGGUCUUGAACAACAUGGCGGUGUUUCCAAGAGGAGCGAAACUUUUCAGCGCUAUGAGAACUUCUCUUCACAGGUCAUGGCUCCACAGCUCGGCGGUUCUUCAGUCCGAUACUUCUCAGUCAGCGUUCUUCCCUCCGGCUGAAGGCGUCAUGCUGCCGACAGGAACUUUCAACAACAGAGUGGCCUUCAUCACAGGAGGGGGGACGGGACUGGGCCGAGCCAUGACCACCACCCUGUCACAGCUGGGAGCUCAGUGUGUCAUCGCAAGCAGGAAGUUGGACGUCCUGCAGCAGACAGCUGAGGAGAUCAGCAGCCAGACUGGAAACAAGGUCCACGUGGUUCAGUGUGAUGUCAAAGAUCCUGAGGCCGUCUCUCGCUGUGUCGACCAGAUGGAGAGUCUGACAGGACUUCCUGAUGUGAUCAUCAACAACGCAGCAGGAAACUUUGUCUGUCCGUCAGAGCGCCUGUCACCAAAUGGCUGGAAGAGCAUCACUGACAUCGUCCUGAACGGGACGGCCUUCGUUACUCUGGAACUUGGCAAGAGACUGAUCCAGAGUCAGAAAGGUGCUUCGUUCCUGGCCAUCACCACCAUCUACGCUGAGUCUGGUUCUGGUUUCGUGGUCCCGAGUGCGUCAGCGAAGGCCGGUGUCGAGGCACUCUACAAGUCUCUGGCUGCAGAGUGGGGGCGCUAUGGCCACAGGUUCAACAUCAUCCAGCCUGGACCAAUCAGAACCAAGGGGGCAUUCAGUCGUUUGGACCCAACAGGAAUGUUUGAGAAGGCGAUGAUCGGUCGGAUCCCGACAGGUCGACUAGGAACACCGUCAGAAAUCGCAAACCUGGCAGCGUACAUGAGCAGCAACUACGCUACAUGGAUGUCUGGAGCGGUUGUCCGGUUCGAUGGAGGAGAAUAUGUUUCGAUGGCAGGCGAGUUCAACGAGCUGCGCAGGGUGACUUCAGAUCAGUGGAAGAUGAUGGAGGCGAUGAUCAGAAGCACUAAAGGAUCCUAAAAACACUCACUAAACCACAGCAACUAAUCAGAUAACUGUGAUGUUACCACAGAGACUGUGUGACCCACUGCUGAUGUCAUCUUGGUGAGACCAACUGACUUCUGAGUGGAAAGUUUUGAUAUUUUACAAGAAAAUUGAUCGAUCAUCUGAUCAGCUACCUCACCAACACACUGUUAGCCUGUUUGCCUGUAGCUGAUGGGCAAGUCAUGUUACUGUCUGCACAUGCUCAGUGUAAACACAAACAUGUUUGUGGCUGUUUGAUAAUAAAACAGAGAAGUUAAAUCAUCAGA